UUGCCGGGGGCCAAUAAGGCGCCAGUUCGCCCCACCAGGGAUUUUUCCGUCCUCCGAUCCAAAGAGCGACAACGGAUCCUUUCCCCAACAGGAAUUGCUAGGCACGUGGGCGCACGUGAUUCUAUACUCUGGGGUUCUUCUUUAGUUACCACAAACAAUUAUUACACACAGCGUCAACAUGGACCAGUCUUCCUCAUCGCAGAACCCGAUGUCUGGCUUACAUCGGCCCUCAGUAACUCCAAACCCUCCUGCUCCGGAUUAUUGGAACAACAUUGAUUCGCUGUACUCGGGUGUUGAUCCGCAGCUUCAACGGCAACCGCAUCAGCAGCAACAGCCGCGCCAACAACAACCCACUCCGUUGGGAAUUAACUGGGACCACCCUGUCUUUCACCAGGAACCUCAACCGCGAAAUAUCCCAUCUCAACAGGAACAUAGCCAUGGCAUCUUUUCAUCGACUCCCCAGUCUUGGCAACCGAAUCCGUUACAUCAUCAGCAGUUGAUUUCUCCUUCACCACAGGGAUUCGGACUUCAGCCUCAGUAUCAUAACCAGGUCCAGCAGUUUCCUCAAGGCCAACUAUCGUUUGACUCGCGAUCUCUGGCCCCCUCCGAUAACUCGCCAUUCCAGCCGUUCCCAAUUCAGCAAAACUUCUAUCCCCCUCAACAUCUCUCUGUGCCAGACACUUUUCGCCAGUCGUCUUCCCCCCAGAAUGUUCAUGCACAGCCGGCGCAACCAACUUCAUUUCGAGCUACUGGCCACCAACCCCCUCUUAAUCAAUUCACGCUUCCAACGGCUUAUCCUGGAGAAACCUCGCAUAACCCAAUCAAUUUGGCAGAUAGUUACCACGAGCCUGCGCCGAGUGUUCCCGUUCCCGAUCAUCAGACAAUCAACCCCCAAUUUCUCAACGCCCAUCAGCAAGCCGCUACUCAGCAACCGUCUCUUCAUAAUAACUUUUCUUAUUUGAUCCCAGCAGACUUUGAACAGCCAAAUAACCAGAAGCCCUAUAAUUUCUAUCGGGAGGACCUCCAGAUACCAUCCGCUUUUGGCCAGCCCGUCGUAAACCAGCCCAUCGGGGCUCGGAACCCUGGUUUUGAGGUGAUGAUUGAUAAUAAACAAGGCGCUCUAGCACAGGCGAAGCCGUUCAAGGGAGCAGAACCGCUGAAGAAAAAGCCAGGCCCCAAGAAGCAACCCCAGCCCAAGACUAAGAAGCCUUCUGCGGCAUCUGCUAAAAAACUGGAUGGAAGAUCUUCGGUCUCGUCGGGUUCUGAGAGUGACAGUUCUGAUGAGUCCGACCUCGAGAUUCAGCUUCCUGAAGAGCCUUCCCCCAUUCCCCCGACCCGUCCUAGUGAGCCUGUUGCUGUCGCAGAAUAUGAUACUCUUCGCGCUGUGUGGUCUCCACGUAACAGACGGCCCAACGUCGACAAAGUUAAGAGUGCGCUAGUCGCUUUCAAAGACGUCGUCAAAGCUGUAAGAGAUACGUGGAAGGAGAUCACUCAAGCCAUAAAAACGGCUGAAAACCAGCAUGACAACGAUAAAGCAACUAAGCUCAAGAAUGAUGCUGCUCUUCAACGGCGACUUAUGGACGUGGUUGUCAGCACCACCCUUUCGAAGGGCCACCCGAUGAUUGUCGAGAAGUUGGGCGAGCACCCUAUGGCGGUAGCUGCCAUGUAUUCGUUUUUGCUGGAUCGUCAUCAGGAAUCUGAUGUCGAUGGAGCGUUAACUGUGAAUAUACUUAAGCUGCUUGCUCGUUUUGUCACAAUGGACGAGGAUGUUCUCCAGAAGACGAAUGUUGCCAAAUUGCUGCCAAGACUUGUGAAGAAAGGUAGCCAACCUGUAAAGGAGCUUUCACAGAAGGUUUUGGAGAAUGCCGCUGCAUCUAAGAAAAGGAAGCAAGAAAAUGGAAAGGCGCCAUCUAAAGAGGGCUCGCCCGGUCAAGGCAUUGUUCCUGAUACUGCAACUACAAAUGGGGUUCGUGCCGAAGGUGUUGGAUCUAAACGACAUCGCGAGGGUGAAGGUAAUGGGCUUCCUGCUACAAAGCGAAUGGUUGUCACUUCGAACCCUAAGAGCGCUGUGAAGCCUCCUAGUAUCGUCCCUGCUGGUGCCAAACGCCCCCAGGAACCGGGUCCGGAUACCAAAGCCACUGCCGCAACUGCCUCUCGCCCUAAGGCCAACAUCAUUGCUCCGAAGCCUACAAACUUGUUUGGCAGUUUGAGCUCCGCCUCUAAGAGGCCUGGAACAUCGAAUGCAGAAAGAGCCGCUGCUGCUGCCGCCGCAAAGCCAAGUGGACCUAUCGAGAAGAAAGAGACACAGCCCCCCCCUCCGAAACCGUCUUUCUCUUUUGGUGAUUUGAUGGCAGAUCUCAACAAACAAAAAGAUCCUGUCGCUGCUGAGCCUGCUGAGGACAAACCACCUGAAACUGAAGAAGAGCGCAAAAAGAGGCUGCGUAAAGAGGCACGACGAAAGUUGCGCGUCAGCUGGAAACCAGAGGAAUCUCUCACGGAAGUCCGACUUUUCACUCACGAUCCCGAAGAAGAGCUUGGUCCGGGUGAUAGCGCAACUCGUGAAGUUGGGGAUGUGAAGGGCGAGGGUCGCGCGCUCAAACUCCACAGAGACGCGGCCGAGCUGGAAGAGGAUGAUGACGGCGGUAUCCGAGAAGAAGCAUUCCUCGACUAUCACGAACUGAUUGCAAUCGACGAUGGCGAAUUGACGGCGGAUGAUCGCUCCAGGAACUGUAUCAAGCGCCUGGGCACUCAAGAACCGACCAGCCCCGAAAAGACAGCACAGGAUCAUCGAGAGGCCAACUCACUUAUGGUAUUUUGGACUUCUCCUGCCGACGUACCACCGACACCGAAGGAGCCGCCGACACCCAGCGAUGACGAGAUUGUAACUGAUGAGGUUCCUUUUGGUGAACUGCCAGACCAUGUUAAGGCUCGGCAAGAGCGUUAUUUUGCCAUGGUCAACCCCAAACCUGCGCCUCCUGCUCAGCCAAACCCACCUAACAACCAGUUCGACAUAUCGAACUUACUAAAGAUGAUUCAAAGCGGAUCUCAGCAGCAGCAAUCAACACCUCCCCCUCAGCUAGCUCCAGCUGUGCAGCAGGCACCAAUGACUGAUCUUGAGCGAACGAUUAGCAUUUUCCGUCAGCAACAACAACAGCAGGUUCAACCGCAACCCCCUCCGAUUCAACCCCCUCAGAUACCUCAAUUCCCCGCUAGUUCCCAACCACCAGCCGCACAAGGUCUUGACUUCCAAAAAAUUCUUGCUGUAAUCAACGCCCAAAAGCAAAUGCCACAGGCUCCUAUCUUCACUCCGCCUCCCCAGUCGCAACCUAGCGUGGCGCCUAAUCUCGCCGCCAUCGUAUCUCAGUUUGCAAACCAGAGCACACAGCCUGGCGGACAACAGCAUUUCGAAGAUCCUGAGCGCAAGCGUAUGCGCGAGUCUAAUGGGUAUGACGGUGCCAGUGACGACAAAUACGGCCAGCCAAAACGAAACAGACUCAACAACGCACCCAACAAGAAACAUCCCAAGGCUGGAUUGGUUCCUUGCAGAUACUGGCGUGAGGGCAAGUGCCUGAAAGGUGAUGAUUGCACAUUCAGACAUGACCCAAUCUAAAUUAGGCCAUUUCCUUCCAUUUUCAUUUCCUCUUUUUUCCUGAUACCCCAGAAUAUUAUUUCACCGCGGCAGUUCAUCCCG